AACGCAAUCAAAAUACUGUCACAGCGGAAGUGAGAUUCUUGCAAGGCCGGAUUGUAAAUAUUGUGACAGAACACUGACACUGUCGAAAGAAGCAAAGCAAUGAAUCAACACAAGACAAGAAGAACGCAAUUUAAAUAAUUGAUAAUUUGUACUAUACAUUCGAAAUACCGUGAAAGGGCGGUCAGUAACAGCUGCAAAAUGUGUUUGAUAAAAUAAAAGAACAAAAACACGAUCAAAUCGAUAGAAGAAACAAAAUGUAUAAUGCAAGACUUCACUGACAGAUCAAAACACAAUUGUUUACGGACAGCCAUUAGGCAGGAAAUCUGGUAAAGCGGAAAUCCCCAGUCAUCGGAGAUGAGCAAGGAUAUCUCCAUUCACAGUUGGCCAUGCUCGUACUACGUAAGCAACGAAAAGCGAUGGGUCUGCGGCACCUUGUCCUUGACUCCGAAGUCUCUAAGGUUUACAGCCAGCAAGGAUGGAGAGAACCUGGCCAGCUUCAGGCUCUUCAGAAUCAGUGAGAUAAAAAAGGAAUCUUCCAGCUUCAUAUUCAGCUCUCUCACUAUCAUGGAAGGGAACGUUAAGCACUGGUUCAGCUCCCUGCAGCCCAGCCGGGCAGUGGUGUUCAAUGUGCUCGAGCACUUCUGGAGGGAGCAGCUGCUGGGCUCUGGAGCUGCUGUUGGGGUGGAUGCCUCUGAGAGCCAGACUAGCAAAGGGAAGGAACUGAUCGGGCUGGUGUCCGGCUCUCAGAAGAGACUGGAGGACACUGGGAAAGUGCUGCACCUCCAGGGGGAGCAGUUUGACAACAUCAUGGUGGGACUGAACAAAAUUGAAUCUGAUUCAGAUGUGGCAGACAAGUUGCUGUCGGAGUUGGAGUCCCCCCCUUGGUGGCCCUUUGGUAAACUUCCUUGGAGAAGCCAACAGGAAGCGAAAAUCCAGCAUGAGGCCUCUGCCUGUGCCUCAGCUAAAAAGGGCCCUGGGAAAGAAGGAGUCAUUACUAAAAUUCCAGUGAUCUUCUCCAAAGGCGAGGACUCAAACCUCAAACCAGGGAAACUAACAGUGCUGGUUUCAGCCUUGGAGAUCAGUGACUCUAGCUCUCAGCACGUGCACAGAUACCAGAGGGAGGAGGUGGAUGAUAUCCGGGUUCACACCCCUUUUGAGCUCAGCAUCCGGCAGAGGUUCAUUGGGAAGCCAGACAUCAGAUACAGGCUGAUGUCAGCUAAGAUGCCUGAAGUGCUUUCCAUUCUGGAAAUGCAGUACAAGAAGAAAAUCGAGUUUAUGCCUGAUUAUUCAGCGUUCAAAAGCACCCCUGAACAAUCUCCCUCCGAUCUAGAAACUUCAAUGUGGAAUACAGCCAGUGGCUUCAUUGACUGUAUUAGACUGUCCGAGGCUCAACCUGGAGAGCAACAAGCGAAGCUGCAGGUGCAGGUGCUACAGCCUCCUGUGUCCGACUCAGAAGCCCAGGAGCUCAAACAGAUGGUCAUGAAACUGAAGAGCCUGGCCUUGGAAGCAGAGGCAGAAUUGGAACGGCAAGAUGAAGCCUUAGACAUCAUCACUUCCUCCGUGGACCAUGCAACGACACACAUUGACAAACACACCCGUCGCAUGAGGAAGCUACUGUAGCCCCCCAGCCAAUAAGCCUGUGGUCACUUUUUUGCACAGCACUCCCAAGAUAUUAUCAACUAUUUUCCUACCUACUCAGGUGAUGCUUAUCAUUCAGUUUCUCUAUUUUGCUGCAGGAGCUCCAACAUUAGUCUUUCCUGCUCUGUCCAGUAUCCAGCCCAGCAACAGCGCCAUUCAAAGCUUAGCUCCAUUAACUUUAUCGGCGUCUCCAUUAAACAGACUGGACCUCCAUUAAAACUUUUAAAGCUCCGUUGACAUUGACAUCCCCAUUGUCAGCGAUUGCCUGGCCUUCGCUCUAUUCAUAUCUACCACUAAGCUUUGUCCAGUGUUCUGCAGCAAUACGGCUGUAUUAGAAAGGAACGGGUUGUUAAAACAGACUGCCCGCUGAAUUCGUUUUCACUCCUCGUCUGCAACCAGGCGCUCCUCCCCCGCGCAGCACCGCUCCCACAGAGCCAGCACAAUUUACCGUUUCAUCAGAAGAUUCUGUCAUGGACCUCCAUCAGGUAUGUCCAACGUUUUAAAGACCUAUCCAGCCCAUUACAAACUAUUUCGACAAGCAGCAGCUCGUGAUUGCAACGGAACAUGCUCCAACGACACUGCCGUACUGCAACUCUCUUCCACCGGCGCCUCACACACCAUAGUUACCACGGCAACGCCUCAUUGAGUGACUACUGGGAGUGGUAAGUCGUCAUGGCGACCAGGAAGCUUCAACAGGCACUGCGAGCCUGUGCCUCAGUACUGCAAUCUUCUGGCUUCUUGCUGCUGCACUUUCACAACCGGCGAGAGCAAGUCCAACUCACCGAAUUGGGUCAUCUAAAUACUGCUGGCUCGUCUUGUAGACCUACGUUAACUCCUUUUAUAUACAUGACUAACUUUCAAAAUGCAUCUAAUGUAUUUAUUAUUCAAAUCUAAAAAGAAUAUGCAAAUGUUUUAUACGUAAACAAGGAUUUUAAUCACAAUACCCAAAUAUAUUCUACCCUGCUUCACUGAAGCCAAUGGUUUUAAUUCCAAUUGCAACCUCUAGACGGCAGUAUAACGCCACAAGUUAUACAUAUUCGAAGCUGGCGGCUCUCUACAGCAGGCCACUGCACACUCUGACAGCACUCCAUCGCUUACUUCCCCAGUUCACUACACCGUUCUGCAGAUCCUGUCCUCUACUGCUAAUUGCUUCCCACUACAGCAGAUCUUGGCUCCCUUUUAAGAUCGGCUCAACAUCGUAGAUCGGAGCAGCAAUCUCAGCAGCCUGCGCUAACAUCAAUGUCCACCUAAUCAAGAGUAUGGGGCGCUGUACUUCAUCAGCAGUGGAUACCUACAUUCGCCAUCUCCCACCAACAUUGCCAUGGCUCAUCAGAAAAUUGUUAGCAUGCCCGGAGUAGGGGCCACCUGACCGCCAGGGCUACCAGAGGUUUUUCCCCUUUUAGAAGGGGUUGUUUUCCUCUCCACUGAGCGGCAGGUGAACACAUAAAUCAUUACACACUAACCCUUCUAACCCCUCUCUGUUUGUCUCGUAUGUCUUUUUCAUCCUCAAAUUUAUGUUAUGCAUUGGCACGUGCUCUGUUGUAUCUCACGGUGAGGUUCUGCGGGGAGCCGGGGGUCCAUUCUUUGGGGGGAAUUUGAGCCUCACUUCCCCGACCUUAGGCAAGCUACGCUUCCUCAACCUUAUUUAAGGGAGGUUCUCACCGCGUGAGUCAAAGGGAACCCCCGGCCACACUAUCCUUUCGCAGCUCAUGUGCUUUUCUUACCUCAUCGCAGUGAGGCUCUUUCCUAUAUGUUACAUUUCGGGACGUGGCCCACUUUAAUCUCUCAGUGCUCAAGUCCCAACUAACCCACCUAUUCUUGUCCUUUACAGGUUCCCUGCAGGACGCUCCUCUGCUCCCGGCUUCGGAGGCCACAGUCUCACUAAUCCGAGGGCAGCACCACGUCGGUCAGGGAACCCCUUUUACUGUCACUUCCUUUCAGGUCUCCGUGAGACGGCUCUGUCGCAGCAGAGUUUUUCUCAUGUUUUCAGAUCCCCGGGGCUGCAGCCUUCAAGACCAAGCCCUCUCCUCCGCAGAGGACAGCUCUCUGGUGGGGGAUCUCUUUUCUAUCCAGACCGCAGUCUGUUCAGAAGUUCGGGCCACAGUCCACUUCUCUAAAGUAGGGUUCCUUCACCCGUUACUGUCGCACUAACACCUCCUUUCUGCCUUCUCUGUACUACACUAGUCCCAGCAGCCGCCUCGUGAAUCUGUUUUUAAUGGGUCUGUGUCAUCAUAAAAAUGAAUACUAACAAAAAAAAAAAGUACAAAAAAUAAUUUGAUGAUGUUACUCUUUUAAAGAUGUGCUUUUAAUUUCUGUAUUUUAUAAUCUUAGUGAUUUAAGCUAGCUGUGUGUUUUGUGUUACUUCCACUGCCACUACCUGGAUCUCACUCUGCCCAAAGUGUCAUGUCUCAGUGGGUUAUUUUUUGCAAAAAUAAAUUCAAAUAAUAAAAAAAAAUAAUCACAUUCAUAAAUAUGUCCAUGACAUAAAGAAAGAGGAAACAUAUCCCAGGGUAACCCUGCACAAUAUAAGUAGCCUUGGUGAUGACAAAGUGAAUCCAGCCAAACCUCAGUGGUUUCCAAUUUUAAAUCUGACAGGCUUGGAAGCUAAAGGAAGGGUCUGUACUAUAACAGAAUGAGUCCUGUGAAAGAACUCUGAUGUGUAAGGCUUGUUUUCAGAGUGCAAUAACACUGUGAUUCUGAUUGCGCAACGCAUUUGCACUUUAAACUAUGUGCUUAUCUACAUGCAACCAUUAUUGUACUGUAUUUAAUGUUGUAAGAAAGAAAUGUGAAUAUCAAUAAACAAUUACAUGAAUGACAUUACUGGAUGAUUA